UCCCCUCUUUCCUCUCCUCUCUCUCUCUCUCUCAUCAUGGAAACAACCACGGCCUGUGCUGCACAUUUUUCUGCACGGAUCCACCAAUCAGACGCGUGCACUUUUUACACCAAAGUUGCAUUGCGCCAAAGCACAUCUCGCCCGGAGGAGCUUUGCCCAAAGCAUUUGCCGAGCCACCUUGGAUUCAGCCAUUCCGCCCGUGGCGGUUGGCCUGUUGCUACCUUGCUAUAAAGGGCAGCCAGUGCGGCGCCGGUGCAGGACGGCUGUACGUAUGGUGCUGUGGAGUGAGUGAGGGAGUGAGGGAGGGAGGGAAGCAGAAGAACUGGGAGCCACUGAGGGCCUUAUACAAGCACAGCCGUGGUCAUGGCAAGAUCACUGGCUGGCUUGAUUGGAAACACCAGAGUCUAGGUUUCUUGGGUUUAGCAUCCAGGCGCACGGAGAGAUGGGUCUCGCCGGCGGCAUUGUCCGGAGGGUCUUCUCCAAGAGCCCGUGCUCGUCGGCCAGCGGCGGCGGCCGGGCCCACAGUGAGAGGGGCGCUGGUGAUCACCGGAGAAGAUGGAGCUCUCUGCGGCUGUACCUUUGCGGUGAGGAGAUGAACACGGCCCCAGAGGAGGAGGAGGACGAAACGGUCUCUGUCAAGAGCUUCGAGACCUGCGUGAUGCCGCCGCAGGAGGAGCACGUCCCGGUGGCGGUGGCUCAACCGGGCGGCGUGCACGACGCCGACGACAGCACCGGGGAUCCUGAAGAUCAGAGGGUCCCCGGCGAGGAGAGCCACGCCGUCGUGCCAACAGAGCCGGACGAGAAGGAAGGAGCGGCGGCGACGCUGAUCCAGUCUGCAUUCAGAGGAUUCAUGGCGAGGAGGGAGCUGCAGGAGCUGAGAAUGCGGGGAGAAAUGGACGGCGGCGCCGACGAGCCCAGGAGCCCCACUUCGGCGUCUGUUGCGACGUCGGUAGUGGUCCAGGUGGGCGAGUCGCUGAGCAACCUCCGGCUAAGCGAGGACAGCGCGUCGGUGCAGCAGCGGGGCAGCCAGAAGUCGCGACCGCCGCCGCCAGCGUUCAGAGUGAAGGAGGAGUGGGACGACAGCACGGUGAGCUCCAACGUGUCGAGGAUGAGGAUCCAGAGCAGGAUCGAGGCGACGACGCGGCGCGAGAGAGCCCUCGCCUACGCCUUCUCCCAGCAGCUUCGGAGCUGCGGCGGGACGAAGAAGCGGUCGGCGCGGCCGGACCAGGCGGAGUUCAACGUGGGGUGGAGCUGGCUGGAGCGGUGGAUGGCGACGCGGCAGGCGGAGCCAGCGGCGGACGACUGCAUGAGCCGGAACGCGGACACGGGCUCGGCCGCGGCCGCCGGGCGGCGGGUGGUGGUCGUCAGGAGGCGGGGCGACCUCGCGGUCGAGGAGAAGGAGAGCUGCGGGUCCAACGACGUGUCCGUCGUCAGCUUCGACGGCUCCAGCCUAGGCGGCCGGAGCGGGCUCAGCUGCCACAAGCCGGGCAGGAGCCGGCUCAAGGGCGCCCGGGGCCUGCCGCGCCGCAAGGUGGCGUCGUCGGACCACCGCCACUUGGCAAGAUCGCACAAGGUGAGCAAGAAAGGGCACCAGCGACAGGAACAGGCGCCGCCGCACAAGGGCCAGGCCGAGGCCGACGGCUACGACGCCGCUUGCCAGCCUCCGACGGAUUACUGAGCCGGACACUGGAGCUUCUGCGACGAUCUGCUGUACAUACACUACGCUCUGGAUUUGCAGCGCUGCUACCUCAAGUAGCUGAUGAUUUGUUUGGGUUUGCUACAGUCUGAAAGACUGCAACAUGUCGCCAGGGCCAUGAAAAGUUCAUCGCUAAAUGUUGCAUCA